UUUUUCGACCCCAGAGUCACUUGGGAUACCGCAGACCCUUAUGCUUCCAGUCCAGAGUUUAUACGAUCACCCCAAAAAUUUGCCCUCGGGACCCCGUCAAAUCCUUUCAAGACAGAGACCAUCGACCCCCAUGAAGGAGAGCUGAAGGAUGGAAGGGCUUCGGAACAGACCGAUACAGUGAGACGGAUUCGGCCGCUGAAGCCAUUGCCUGGAUUAAGCGAAGAUGGACCAGGAACAGUGGGAUCAGCAAAGUCCGCGGCGUCAAUGCAAACACCACCACCCACGAGUGCGUCAAGGAGGAAGAUCCCUGACUUUGAAUCACUGGGCAGUUUGGGUAGAGGUCCCAGUCCGAGGAUAGGAAACCACUUGGAGACACCGAGUCGCUUUUUGGGAGCAUCCCCGCGAAUGUUUGGCAAUUUACAAUCGUCACCAGAUCUCUUUCAAUUAGCUUCGUUGGAUCCAACAGGCUCUCCCUUCUUUCCACAACAACGUCUGUUUUGGGACAACGAUCAAGAUCAACCCACACAUGAUAUCCCCUUCCCAGGCACUCGCCGUGAUGCCGCUCACCCACCAAAACCCUUAUCGAAUACCUCCCUGGGCACCCAUAUUCCGCAAUUGCCUACGAUCGAUGGUACCAUGGACCUUCCCGAAUUUAGCGGUCCGUUUGGAAUAUCUUCUGCCCCGCCUACCGAUGCGGCAUUGUUUCCUGCGCCUUUCUCUACCUCCCCACGUCUACCUGUUACCAAGGCUGAAGACCCGGCUAUGUUCCUGAGCUCACCAGCUCGUCGUUUCGGUGGACCCCAGCUGACUCCAGAGCGGAAACCGUCCCGUGGGCUGAGACAGCCGUACCACCAUCAAAUCGAAGAGUCGAAGCGUGAAGAGCUCCGUCGUGCUCAGGGCCAUGAUCGACAAGCUCCUGCCUCAUUUUCAAGCUUAUCGGAUGACGAGGAGGAUGACUUGACGCCACGAGUAAGACCAGGAUUGACAAGGAGUGUGACGCACAGCGCUCUUUCGAGCUCGUCUCAGCGGUCACUCAGUCAGCCCAGAGGAUCGAUGCGAUCUACCAGCGGGGUCCGUAAGAGCCCGUCAAAGGGCCGAGUAUCUCCGGUUAAAGGGGUCCGCCACGCCUCGUUGACAAGAUCAGCAUCAGUCGCCUCUGGGUUUCCUAGUCGCCCUCCAGUACCUGCAGUGGUGCUUCGUAUCGGACGAGAUGGCCGUGCGAAGGCUGAAAUGGAACCUCUUGAUGAGGGUCCCACUGGGCUGACAGACCCAUUGACUGGCAUGGACCUGGAUGGAUCCGCCACUGAAAGUGAAGCAGAUCCUGCCGAGUAUUCUGAAUAUCCCGUCUUGCCUCGGUCUCAAUCGUCGUUCUCCUUGUUCGAUGGCAACCGGCCUAACAUAGCUCGAAGCGACUCGGGCUCUCGGCCACCUUCCAAGGGAUCGUAUGCCUCGAUUGGCUCAUCCCAGUCAGGUCGUGUGUCUCCCUGGGCUGGCUCUACACGAGGUGUUUCUGGUCGAUCAACGUACCGAGGUUCUCCUGAGGCUGCAAAGCGGACACCAAAGCGACAUUCAUCACUGUUACUCCCAUCUGACGCCUCAUACACUCGUGGAAGCCUUGCAUCCCAGUCCUUACCUGGCGAUGAGGAUGACACCGGUGAUGCCCAGGCUGCUCUCCGGCAAGUUCUCAAGGAGCGUGGUCGUGGCCGUGGCCCAAGACCUUCUACUGGUGGUUAUGGGGCUCGACUCCCUCGAACCUCGAAUACUUUUACACACCUCCGCUCGUCCCCUCCACGAAUGCAUAGCGAUUUUGAUAUUCAAUCUCGACAUUCUAAUGCCUCACCGACUACUGUCACCGAUCCUGAUUUAGCCACGCCCCAUACGGAGAGACAAUGCAAUCACAGUAAUCCCAGCAACGCCACUCGCUGCAUUUGCAAUUCUAUGGACAAUGGUGGGCAUCUCAUGAUUCAAUGUGAAUCAUGUACCCACUGGUUACACACAAAAUGUGUUGGGCUGGAACGAGCCAACCUCCCCUCGUUCUAUGUCUGCAUGUUUUGUGUACAAACCCCAUCCCGGCAAAACCGAGUUCGCUCGGAUUACGGAGCCGGUGGCGGUCCCCCCUCCCUUUUGGCACAUAAAUCGUUUCGAUUUCGGUAA